CGGUGAGACAGUUGUUUGGAGGAGACGGUGACAGCGCAGUUUUAUUGUUCAACCCGCGGCUACUGAAGCCUUUUCAGGAGGAAAAUGUCUGACGGUGGAGGAGGAGAAGACAGCGGCGGCACGAUGGAGGUUUCUGCCGCCGUUCAGACCGUCGCCGACACGUCUGUUUUGCAGAAACACAUCCGCAAGCUUGUGCCUCUGCUGCUGGAAGAUGGCGGCGAGGUUCCAGCCUCUCUGGAAACCGCCCUGGAGGAGAAGAGCUCUGUGGAGCAGAUGAAGAAAUUCCUGUCAGACCAUCAGAUUCACACCAUCUUAGUGGAGCGCAGUUGUCUGAAAGAGGAUGUUGGAGACGAGGGGGAGGAAGAGAAGGAAUGCAUUUCCUACAACAUCAGCAUUGACAUUCGCUAUGGAAUUAAAUCCAACAGCCUGGCUUUUAUCAAGAGGACCGGCGUCAUCGAUGCCGACAAGCCCAUUUCGACUCAGGUCCGUGUCCUGACCCUCAGCGAAGACUCCCCCUAUGAGACCCUGCACUCGUUCAUCAGCAACGCAGUGGCACCGUUCUUCAAAUCGUACAUCCGGGAGUCCGGUAAAGCUGACCGGGAUGGAGACAAGAUGGCUCCCUCUGUGGAGAAGAAGAUCGCCGAGCUCGAGAUGGGUCUGUUGCACCUCCAGCAAAACAUCGAGAUCCCAGAGAUCAGCCUGCUCAUCCAUCCAAUCCUCGCCAACAUCGCCAAGCAGUGCUAUGAACGGGGAGAGAAGCCCAAGGUCACUGACUUCGGUGACAAAGUAGAAGAUCCCACCUUUCUCAACCAGCUACAAUCCGGGGUCAACCGCUGGAUCCGAGAGAUUCAGAAGGUAACCAAACUGGACCGAGAUCCCGCUUCUGGAACAGCGCUGCAGGAAAUCAGCUUCUGGCUCAACCUCGAACGCGCUCUCAAUCGCAUUCAGGAGAAGAGGGAGAGCCCCGAGGUCCUGCUCACGCUGGACAUUCUGAAGCACGGCAAACGGUUUCACGCCACCGUCAGCUUCGACACAGACACCGGUCUGAAGCAGGCCGUGGAGACGGUGAACGACUACAACCCUCUGAUGAAGGACUUUCCGCUCAACGACCUCCUAUCGGCCACGGAGCUGGACAAAAUCCGCCAGGCCUUGGUGGCCAUCUUCACACAUCUCCGCAAGAUCCGAAACACCAAGUAUCCCAUCCAGCGGGCCCUGCGUUUGGUCGAGGCCAUUUCCCGCGACCUCAGCGCCCAGCUCCUGAAAGUGCUCGGCACUCGGAAGCUCAUGCACGUAGCCUAUGAAGAAUUUGAAAAGGUCAUGGUGGCGUGCUUCGAGGUGUUCCAGACCUGGGAGGACGAGUACGAGAAGCUUCAGGUGCUCCUGAGGGACAUCGUGAAGAGGAAGAGGGAGGAGAACCUCAAGAUGGUGUGGCGGCUCAGCCCCGCCCACAGGAAGCUGCAGUCCCGUCUGGAUCACAUGAGGCGCUUCAGAAGGCAGCAUGAGCAGCUCAGAGCGGUCAUCGUGCGCGUGCUCAGACCUCAGGUGUCCGCCGUGGCCCAGCACGGUCAGGGCGAGGCUGUGGAACCCCCUGACAUGAAAGUGACCGAGGUCCUGUUCGACGCCGCGGACGCCAACGCCAUCGAGGAGGUGAACCUGGCCUACGAGAACGUCAAGGAGGUGGACGGACUGGACGUCUCGAAGGAGGGCGUGGAGGCCUGGGAGGCGGCCAUGAAGCGCUACGACGAGCGCAUCGACCGCGUCGAGACCCGCAUCACGGCCCGCCUGCGCGACCAGCUGGGCACCGCCAAGAACGCCAACGAGAUGUUCCGCAUCUUCUCCCGCUUCAACGCGCUCUUCGUGCGCCCGCACAUCCGCGGCGCCAUCCGCGAGUACCAGACGCAGCUCAUCCAGCGCGUCAAGGACGACAUCGAGUCCCUGCACGACAAGUUCAAAGUGCAGUACCCUCAGAGCCAGUCCUGUAAGAUGAGCCACGUGCGCGACCUGCCCCCCGUGUCCGGCUCCAUCAUCUGGGCCAAGCAGAUCGACCGCCAGCUCACGGCGUACAUGAAGCGCGUGGAGGACGUCCUCGGGAAGGGCUGGGAGAAUCACGUCGAGGGGCUGAAGCUCAAGCAGGACGGCGACAGCUUCCGGGCCAAACUCAACACCCAGGAGAUCUUCGACGACUGGGCGCGCAAAGUUCAGCAGCGCAACCUCGGCGUCUCCGGGCGCAUCUUCACCAUCGAGAGCAGCCGCGCGCGCGGCCGCACGGGCACCGUCCUGAAACUCAAAGUCAACUUCCUGCCCGAGAUCAUAACCCUGUCCAAGGAGGUCCGGAACCUGAAGUGGCUCAGCUUCCGCGUACCUCUGGCCAUCGUCAACAAAGCGCACCAGGCCAACCAGCUCUACCCGUUCGCCAUCUCGCUCAUCGAGAGCGUUCGCACCUACGAGCGCACCUGCGAGAAGGUUGAGGAAAGGAUCUCCAUUUCGCCUUUGGUGGCUGGACUCAAGAGGGAGGUCCAGGCGCUCGUCACGGAGGGCAUCGCGCUAGUCUGGGAGUCCUAUAAACUCGACCCCUACGUGCAGCGCCUGGCGGAAACGGUUUUUAACUUCCAAGAGAAGGUGGACGACCUUCUGCUGAUCGAGGAGAAGAUAGACCUGGAGGUUCGCUCUCUGGAAACCUGCAUGUACGACCAUAAGACCUUCUCAGAGAUCCUUAACCGUGUUCAGAAGGCUGUCGAUGACCUGAACCUGCACUCCUAUUCCAAUCUGCCCAUAUGGGUCAACAAACUGGACAUUGAGAUUGAACGGGUCCUUGGAGUCCGUCUGCAGGCUGGCUUGAAGGCUUGGACCCAGGUGCUCAGGGGUCAAAUGGAAGACAAGGCCGACGUGGACAUGGACACUGAAGCUCCACAAGUCAGCCACAAGCCUGGAGGAGAACCAAAGAUCAAGAACGUGGUCCAUGAGCUGAGGAUCACAAACCAGGUCAUCUACCUGAACCCUCCUAUCGAAGACUGCCGGUACAAACUGUUCCAGGAGAUGUUUGCCUGGAAGAUGGUCAUUCUCUCCCUACCAAGGAUCCAGAGUCAAAGAUACCAGGUUGGUGUCCACUACGAGCUCUCCGAGGAGGAGAAGUUCUACAGGAACGCUUUAACACGGAUGCCAGACGGGCCAUCGGCGCUCGAAGAGUCCUAUAACAGCGUCAAGGACAUCGUCUUCGAGGUGGAGCAGUACGUCAAGGUGUGGCUGCAGUACCAGUGUCUGUGGGACAUGCAGCCCGAGAACAUCUACAACCGCCUGGGAGAGGACCUCAAUAAGUGGCAGGCUCUGUUGGUUCAGAUCCGCAAAGCGAGAGGAACCUUCGACAACGCCGAGACCAGGAAGGAUUUCGGCCCAGUCAUCAUUGACUACGGCAAGGUCCAGUCAAAGGUCAACCUGAAAUAUGACUCCUGGCAUAAGGAGGUGCUCAGCAAAUUCGGACAAAUGCUCGGCCAAAACAUGCAGGACUUCCACUCCCAGAUCUCCAAGUCUCGCCAAGAGCUGGAGCAGCACUCGGUGGAUACAGCCAGCACCUCUGAUGCCGUCACCUUCAUCACGUACGUCCAGGCCCUGAAGCGCAAGAUCAAGCAGUUCGAAAAGAAUGUUGAUCUCUUCCGCAACGGCCAGCGUCUCCUGGAGAAGCAGCGCUUCCAGUUCCCUCCCUCUUGGCUCUACAUCGACAACAUCGAGGGCGAAUGGGGAGCGUUCAGCGACAUCAUGAAACGAAAGGACACCGCCAUCCAACAGCAAGUGGCCAACCUGCAGAUGAAGAUCGUCCAGGAGGACCGGGCUGUCGAGAACCGUACGUCGGAUCUGCUCACGGACUGGGAGAAGACCAAACCGGUUGCUGGGAACCUUCGGCCAGAGGAAGCUCUCCAGUCGCUCACCAUCUAUGAGGGCAAGUUUGGCCGGCUGAAGGACGACAGGGAGAAGUGUGCCAAGGCUAAAGAAGCCCUGGAGUUGACAGACACCGGGCUGCUGAGUGGCAGCGAGGAGAGAGUACAGGUCGCACUGGAAGAGCUGCAAGAUCUGAAGGGCGUGUGGUCUGAGCUCUCCAAGGUCUGGGAACAAAUCGAUCAGAUGAAGGAGCAGCCGUGGGUUUCCGUGCAGCCACGCAAGCUGCGUCAAAACUUGGACGCCCUGCUGAACCAGCUGAAGAACUUCCCGGCACGCCUGCGUCAAUACGCGUCCUACGAAUACGUCCAGAGGCUGCUCAAAGGCUACAUGAAGGUGAACAUGUUGGUGAUCGAGCUGAAAUCAGAGGCUCUGAAGGACCGGCACUGGAAGCAGCUGAUGAAGCGCCUGCACGUUAACUGGGUGCUCUCCGAGCUGACCCUGGGCCAGAUCUGGGACGUGGACCUGCAGAGGAACGAGAUGGUGGUGAAGGACGUGCUGCUGGUCGCGCAGGGAGAGAUGGCCCUGGAGGAGUUCCUCAAACAGAUUCGAGAAGUCUGGAAUUCCUACGAGCUCGACUUGGUCAACUAUCAGAACAAGUGUCGUCUGAUUCGUGGAUGGGACGACCUGUUCAACAAGGUCAAGGAGCACAUCAACAGCGUGUCAGCCAUGAAGCUGUCUCCGUACUACAAGGUGUUUGAGGAAGAUGCCCUGAGCUGGGAGGACAAGCUGAACCGCAUCAUGGCUCUGUUCGACGUCUGGAUAGACGUCCAGAGGCGCUGGGUCUACCUGGAGGGGAUUUUUACCGGCAGCGCCGACAUCAAGCAUCUCCUACCAGUUGAGACACAGAGGUUCCAGAGCAUCAGCACAGAGUUCCUGGCUCUGAUGAAGAAGGUCACAAAGUCCCCUCUGGUCAUGGACGUCCUAAACAUCCAGGGGGUCCAGCGAUCUCUGGAGAGGCUGGCAGACCUCCUAGGGAAGAUCCAAAAAGCCCUUGGAGAAUAUCUGGAAAGAGAGCGCUCAUCAUUCCCCAGGUUCUACUUCGUUGGUGACGAGGAUCUUCUGGAGAUCAUUGGUAACAGCAAGAAUGUGGCCAAACUGCAGAAGCACUUCAAGAAGAUGUUUGCUGGGGUGUCGAGCAUCCUGCUGAACGAAGACAACACCGAAGUCCUGGGCAUCUCGUCCCGAGAGGGAGAGGAGGUCCUCUACAAGACACCCGUGUCCAUCACGGAACACCCGAAGAUCAACGAGUGGCUGACCCUGGUGGAGAAGGAAAUGCGGGUCACCCUGGCCAAACUGUUGGCCGAGUCCGUCACAGAAGUGGGCGCGCUCAGCAAAGACACCGGCAUCGAUCUCGCCAACUACAUCGACUGGAUCGACCGAUACCAGGCCCAGCUGGUGGUCCUGUCCGCUCAGAUCGACUGGUCUGAGAAUGUAGAGACGGCUCUGACCACCAUCGCAGGAGGAGACGACAUGGCUCCUCUGCAGGCUGUGCUGACCAACGUGAAGGCCACGCUGAACCUGCUGGCCGACACCGUGCUCAUGGAGCAGCCUCCCAUCCGCAGGAAGAAGCUGGAGCACUUGAUCACAGAGCUCGUGCACCAAAGGGACGUGACCCGAACCCUCAUCAAGAACAAGAUCGACAACCCCAAAUCUUUCGAGUGGCUGAGCCAGAUGCGCUUCUACUUCGACCCCAAGCAGACGGACGUGCUGCAGCAGCUCUCCAUCCAGAUGGCCAAUGCCAAGUUCAACUACGGCUUCGAGUACCUGGGUGUGCAGGAGAAGCUGGUACAGACUCCCCUCACAGACCGGUGCUACCUCACCAUGACUCAGGCUCUGGAGGCUCGACUCGGAGGAUCUCCCUUCGGUCCUGCUGGAACAGGAAAGACUGAGUCGGUCAAGGCUCUUGGCCACCAGCUUGGACGCUUUGUCCUGGUCUUCAACUGCGAUGAGACCUUUGAUUUCCAGGCGAUGGGCCGGAUCUUCGUCGGCCUGUGCCAGGUCGGAGCCUGGGGCUGCUUCGACGAGUUCAACAGACUGGAGGAGAGGAUGCUGUCUGCCGUUUCCCAGCAGGUUCAGUAUAUUCAGGUGGCCCUGAGGGAGCACAGCAACCCCAACCGAGACCACAGCAUGCCCGUGACCACAGAGCUGCUGAACAAACAGGUGAAGGUGAGCCCCGAAAUGGCCAUCUUCAUCACCAUGAACCCCGGCUACGCAGGCCGCUCCAACCUGCCCGACAAUCUGAAGAAACUCUUCCGCAGUCUGGCCAUGACCAAGCCUGACCGCCAGCUGAUCGCCCAGGUCAUGCUGUACUCGCAAGGCUUCCGCACUGCCGAGACCCUGGCCAAGAAGAUCGUCCCCUUCUUCAAGCUGUGUGACGAGCAGCUGUCCUCUCAGUCUCACUACGACUUCGGGCUGCGAGCUCUGAAGAGCGUGCUGAUCAGCUCCGGCAACGUGAAGAGAGAGCGCAUCCAGAGAAUCAAGCGGGAGAAGUGCGAGCGCGGCGAGGACGUGGAUGAGAACGAGAUCGCCGAGAACCUUCCAGAGCAGGAGAUCCUGAUCCAGAGUGUGUGUGAGACCAUGGUGCCCAAGCUAGUGGCGGAGGACAUCCCGCUGCUCUUCAGCCUGCUGUCGGACGUCUUCCCCGGCGUGCAGUACAUGCGGGGCGAGAUGACCGCUCUGAGGGAGGAGCUGAAGAAGGUCUGCGCUGAGAUGUAUCUCACAUACGGAGACGGAGACGAGGUCGGCAGCAUGUGGGUGGAGAAGGUCCUGCAGCUGUACCAGAUCACCCAGAUCAACCACGGCCUGAUGAUGGUGGGUCCGUCAGGCAGCGGCAAGACCAUGGCCUGGCGUGUGCUGCUCAAAGCCCUGGAAAGACUGGAGGGCUUGGAGGGGGUGGCCCAUAUCAUCGACCCCAAAGCCAUCAGCAAAGAUCACCUGUACGGAACGCUGGACCCCAACACCCGCGAAUGGACGGACGGCCUGUUCACCCACGUGCUCAGGAAGAUAAUUGAUAACGUGCGUGGUGAGCUGCAGAAACGUCAGUGGAUCAUCUUCGACGGUGACGUGGAUCCUGAGUGGGUCGAGAACCUGAACUCGGUCCUGGAUGACAACAAGCUGCUGACUCUGCCCAACGGAGAACGUCUCAGCCUGCCUCCCAACGUGCGCAUCAUGUUCGAGGUCCAGGACCUGAAAUACGCCACGCUGGCCACCGUGUCGCGCUGCGGUAUGGUGUGGUUCAGCGAGGACGUCCUCAGCACCGACAUGAUCUUCGGCAACUUCCUCGCCCGCCUGCGCAGCAUCCCGCUGGACGAGGGCGAGGACGAGGCUCAGCGCAUGCGCAAGGGCACCGAGGACGAAGGAGAUGAGGCGGCCUCGCCCAUGCUGCAGAUCCAGAGAGACGCCGCGGCCAUCCUUCAGCCCUACUUCACCUCCACCGGUUUGGUGAUCAAGGCUCUAGAGCAUGCCUCCAAGAUGGAGCACAUCAUGGACUUCACGCGUCUGCGCUGCAUGGGCUCGCUGUUUUCCAUGCUGCACCAGGCCUGCAGGAACGUCGCCCUGUACAACAACAACCACCCCGACUUCCCGAUGCCUGUGGACCAGCUGGAAAAGUACAUGCAGAAAUACCUGAUCUAUGCGGUUCUCUGGUCCUUCUCUGGAGACGGCAAGCUGAAGAUGAGGGCGGAGCUCGGAGAAUACAUUCGCCGCAUCACAACCGUGCCCCUCCCGUCCGCGCCCAACGUGCCGAUCAUCGAUUAUGAGGUGUCCAUCACGGGCGAGUGGCAGUCAUGGCAAGGCAAGGUGCCUCAGAUUGAGGUGGAAACGCACAAGGUGGCAUCACCCGACGUGGUGGUGCCCACGCUGGACACGGUGCGGCACGAGGCUCUGCUGUACACCUGGCUGGCUGAGCACAAGCCUCUGGUACUGUGUGGCCCUCCAGGAUCAGGAAAAACCAUGACUCUCUUCAGCGCCCUCCGCGCCCUGCCGGACAUGGAGGUUGUCGGUUUGAACUUCUCCAGUGCCACCACUCCAGAGCUGCUCCUGAAGACCUUCGAUCACUACUGCGAGUACCGGCGUACGCCCAACGGCGUCGUGCUGGCGCCCGUGCAGCUGGGCAAGUGGCUGGUGCUCUUCUGUGACGAGAUCAACCUGCCUGACAUGGACAAGUACGGCACACAGAGAGUCAUCUCCUUCAUCAGACAGAUGGUGGAACACGGUGGAUUCUACCGCACCUCCGAUCAGACUUGGGUGAAACUGGAGAGGAUCCAGUUUGUCGGUGCCUGUAACCCUCCGACAGACCCCGGAAGGAAGCCGCUCUCUCACAGGUUCCUGCGGCACGUCCCGGUGGUGUACGUGGACUACCCGGGUCCCGCCUCCCUUACGCAGAUCUACGGCACCUUCAACAGGGCCAUGCUCCGCCUCAUUCCCUCGCUGCGUACCUACGCCGAGCCGCUCACCGCCGCCAUGGUGGAGUUUUACACCAUGUCUCAGGAGCGGUUCACUCAGGACACCCAGCCCCACUAUAUCUACUCUCCCAGAGAGAUGACUCGCUGGGUGAGAGGCAUCUUCGAAGCCCUGCGGCCCCUCGAGACCCUGCCCGUCGAGGGACUGAUCCGCAUCUGGGCCCACGAGGCUCUGCGCCUCUUCCAGGACAGGCUGGUGGAGGAUGAGGAGAGACGCUGGACUGAUGAGAACAUCGACAGCGUGGCUCUGAAGCACUUCCCUAACGUUAACAAAGACAAAGCUCUCAUCCGGCCCAUACUCUACAGCAACUGGCUCUCAAAGGACUACAUCCCAGUCGAGCAGGAGGAGCUGCGCGAUUACGUCAAGGCUCGUCUCAAGGUCUUCUACGAGGAGGAGCUGGACGUUCCUCUGGUGCUCUUUAAUGAGGUCCUGGACCACGUACUGAGAAUUGACAGAAUCUUCCGACAGCCGCAGGGGCAUCUUCUCCUGAUCGGUGUCAGCGGUGCAGGAAAGACCACGCUGUCACGUUUCGUGGCCUGGAUGAACGGCUUGAGUGUCUAUCAGAUCAAGGUCCACAGGAAGUACACGGGCGAGGACUUCGACGAGGACCUGCGAACCGUCCUGCGUCGAUCCGGGUGCAAGAACGAGAAGAUCGCGUUCAUCAUGGACGAGUCCAACGUGCUGGACUCGGGCUUCCUGGAGCGCAUGAACACGCUGCUGGCCAACGGCGAGGUACCCGGUCUGUUCGAGGGCGACGAAUACGCAACACUGAUGACCCAGUGUAAGGAAGGGGCUCAGAAGGAGGGCCUGAUGCUGGACACUCAUGAAGAGCUGUACAAGUGGUUCACCAGCCAGGUGAUCAGGAACCUGCACGUGGUUUUCACCAUGAAUCCUUCAUCAGAGGGCCUGAAGGACAGAGCCGCCACCUCUCCAGCUUUGUUCAACAGGUGUGUGCUGAACUGGUUCGGAGACUGGUCCACUGAGGCGCUUUACCAAGUGGGCAAAGAGUUCACCAGUAAGAUGGACCUGGAGAAGCCCAACUACAAAGUGCCAGAUUACAUGCCUACCGUGUACGACAAGCUGCCCCAAAUUCCCACCCACCGCGAGGCUAUCAUCAACGGCUGUGUGUUCGUACACCAGACGCUCCAUCAGGCUAAUAACCGGCUGGCGAAGCGCGGCGGGCGCACCAUGGCCAUCACCCCGCGUCACUAUCUGGACUUCAUCAACCACUACGCCGACCUGUUCAACGAGAAACGCAGCGAGCUCGAAGAGCAGCAGAUGCACCUCAACGUCGGUCUGCGCAAAAUCAAGGAGACGGUGGAUCAGGUCGAGGAGCUGCGCCGGGAUCUGAGGAUCAAGAGCCAGGAACUGGAAGUGAAGAACGCAGCUGCCAACGACAAGCUGAAGAAGAUGGUCAAAGACCAGCAGGAGGCCGAAAAGAAGAAGGUUAUGAGUCAGGAGAUCCAAGAAGCCGUCUACAAGCAGCAGGAAGUCAUCAAGGACAAGCAGCUGAGAGUCAAACAAGACCUGGACCAGGUGGAGCCUGCUGUCAUCGAGGCCCAAAAUGCCGUCAGCUCUAUAAAGAAGCAGCAUCUUGUCGAAGUGCGUGCCAUGGCCAACCCACCCGCCGCCGUUAAACUGGCGCUAGAGUCUAUCUGCCUCCUGCUGGGGGAGGAGACUAAUGACUGGAAAAAGAUUAGACAAGUUAUUAUCAGAGACAAUUUCAUCUCCAGCAUAGUCAACUUUGUCUCGGAGGACAUGAGCGACAGUAUCCGUGAAAAGAUGAAGAAGAACUACAUGUCCAACCCCAGUUACAACUACGAGCAGGUCAACAGGGCCUCGCUAGCAUGUGGGCCUAUGGUCAAGUGGGCCAUCGCUCAGCUGAACUACGCAGACGUGCUGAAACGGGUGGAGCCUCUGAGAAACGAACUGCAGAAGCUGGAGGACGACGCCACGGACAACAAGACCAAGGCUGAAGAGGUGGAGCAGAUGAUCCGGGACCUGGAGGCCAGCAUCGCCCGCUACAAGGAGGAGUACGCAGUGCUCAUCUCCGAGGCUCAGGCCAUCAAGGCCGACCUGGCUGCCGUCGAGGCCAAGGUGAACCGCAGCACAGCGCUGCUGAAGAGCCUGUCUGCUGAGAGGGAUCGCUGGGAGAAGACCAGCGAGACGUUCAAGAACCAGAUGUCCACCAUCGCCGGCGACUGCCUGCUCUCCGCCGCCUUCAUCGCCUAUGCUGGCUACUUCGACCAGCAGAUGAGACAGAACCUGUUCACCACCUGGUCCCACCACCUCCAGCAGGCCAACAUCCAGUUCCGGACAGACAUCGCCAGGACUGAAUACUUGUCCAAUGCUGACGAGAGGCUGCGCUGGCAGGCCAACUCGCUGCCUGCUGACGAUCUCUGCACUGAAAAUGCUAUCAUGCUCAAGAGAUUUAACAGGUAUCCGUUGAUCAUCGAUCCCUCAGGUCAGGCCACAGAGUUCAUCAUGAACGAGUACAAAGAUCGAAAGAUCACACGAACAAGUUUCCUGGACGACGCCUUCAGAAAGAACCUGGAAAGCGCGUUGAGAUUUGGUAACCCUCUGCUUGUGCAGGAUGUGGAAAGCUACGACCCCAUCCUGAACCCCGUGCUGAACAGAGAGGUGCGCAGAACCGGCGGGCGUGUCCUCAUCACUCUCGGAGACCAGGACAUCGACUUGUCUCCUUCCUUCGUCAUCUUCCUUUCCACCAGAGACCCGACGGUGGAGUUCCCGCCGGACCUGUGCUCACGUGUGACCUUCGUGAACUUCACGGUGACCAGAAGCAGUUUGCAGAGUCAGUGCCUGAACGAGGUUCUGAAGGCAGAGCGGCCGGACGUGGACGAGAAGCGCUCCGACCUGCUCAAACUUCAGGGCGAGUUCCAGUUGCGUCUGCGUCAGCUGGAGAAGUCCCUCCUGCAGGCGCUCAACGAGGUCAAGGGUCGCAUCCUGGACGACGACACCAUCAUCACCACGCUGGAGAACCUGAAGAAGGAGGCGGCCGAAGUGACCCGGAAGGUGGAGGAAACCGACAUCGUCAUGCAGGAGGUGGAGACCGUGUCACAGCAGUACCUGUCCCUGUCCACCGCCUGCAGCAGCAUCUACUUCACCAUGGAGUCUCUCAAUCAGAUGCACUUCCUGUACCAGUACUCUCUCCACUUUUUCCUGGACAUCUACCACACCGUCCUGUAUGAGAACGCCAACCUGAAGACUGUCAGUGACCACACGCAGCGCCUGUCCCUCAUCACCAAAGAUCUGUUCCAGGUUGCCUUUAACAGAGUCGCCCGUGGGAUGCUGCACCAGGAUCACAUCACAUUCGCCAUGUUGCUGGCCAGGAUCAACCUGAAAGGCAUAACCAGCGAGCCGUCUUAUGAUCCAGAGUUUCAGCACUACCUGCGCGGAAAGGAGAUCGUCCUGUCGGGCACCACUGUGCCCAAAGUGAAGGGUCUGAGCACGGAGCAAAGCGAGGCCAUGGUGCGCCUCAGCCGGCUGCCCGUCUUCAAAGACCUGGUGGCAAAAGUUCAGGCUGAUGAGCAAAUCUUCAUGUGGCUGGAGAGCAGUUCCCCGGAGCUGUCUGUUCCAUACCUCUGGGCGGAGGAGAAGCCAACCACUCCUAUCGGCCAGGCUGUGCACCAGCUGCUGCUCAUCCAGGCUUUCCGACCGGACCGUAUGCUGGCCAUGUCGUCCAUCUUCGUAUCCAAGGUGAUGGGAGAGAGCUUCAUGUCCAUUAUCGAGCAGCCGUUGGACCUGGGCAACAUCGUGGACAGUGAGGUGAAGCCAGGAACUCCGGUGCUCAUGUGCUCGGUGCCUGGUUACGACGCCAGCGGCCUGGUCCGAGAUCUGGCUGCCGAGCAGAACAAGCACAUCACCUCCAUCUCCAUCGGUUCUGCUGAGGGCUUUAACAAGGCUGACCGAGACAUCAACACUGCUGUCAAGUCUGGAAGGUGGGUGAUGUUGGAGAACGUACAUCUGGCUCCUGCUUGGCUCAUGCAGCUGGAGAAGAAGCUGCACUCCAUGCAGCCUCACGCCAGCUUCCGUCUCUUCCUCACUAUGGAGAUCAACCCCAAGGUCCCGGUGAACUUGUUGCGUGCUGGUCGGAUCUUUGUGUUCGAACCGCCUCCGGGUGUGAAGGCCAACAUGCUGAGGACUUUCAGCAGCAUCCCAGUGGCUCGCAUGUGCAAGGCUCCGAACGAGCGUGCACGGCUGUACUUCCUCCUGGCCUGGUUCCACGCCAUCAUCCAGGAACGUCUGCGCUACGCACCGCUCGGCUGGUCCAAGAAAUACGAGUUCGGCGAGUCCGACCUGCGCUCGGCGUGCGACACCGUCGACACCUGGCUGGACGACACCGCCAAGGGUCGGCAGAACAUCUCCCCGGAUAAGAUCCCAUGGGCGGCGCUCAAGACCCUGAUGGCCCAGUCCAUCUACGGUGGCCGCAUCGACAACGAGUUCGACCAGCGCCUCCUCAACACCUUCCUGGAGCGCAUCUUCACCACCGGCAGCUUCGACAGCGAGUUCAAGCUGGCUCUCAAAGUGGACGGCCACAAGGACAUCAAAAUGCCGGACGGCAUUCGGCGUGAGGAGUUCGUGCACUGGGUGGAGAUGCUUCCAGACACUCAGACUCCAUCCUGGCUGGGUUUGCCAAGCAACGCCGAGAAGGUUCUGCUCACCACUCAGGGCAUUGACAUGAUGGGUAAGCUGCUCAAAAUGCAGAUGCUGGAGGACGAGGACGACCUGGCCUACGAGACGGAGAAGAAGCAGCGCACCACGUCCACCUCGGACGCUCAGCCGGCGUGGAUGAGGACGCUGCGCACCACCGCGUGCAACUGGCUCCAGCUCAUCCCGCUGUCCGUGAAUCCGCUCAAACGCACGGUGGAGAACAUCAAGGAUCCUCUGUUCCGCUUCUUCGAGCGAGAGGUGAAGAUGGGCUCCCGAAUGUUGCAGGACGUGCGCCAGGACCUCACCGACGUCGUCGGGGUGUGUGAGGGCAAGAAGAAGCAGACCAACGACCUCCGAACGCUGAUCAACGACCUUGUCAAAGGCAUUCUGCCCCGUAGCUGGUGCCGCUACACCGUCCCCACCUCCAUGACCGUGAUCCAGUGGGUGGCCGACUUCAGCGAGCGCAUCAAACAGCUGCAGGAGAUCUCGCAGGCGGCGGCCAGCGGCGGCGCCAAGGAGCUCAAGAACAUCCACGUGAACCUGGGCAGCCUGUUUGUUCCUGAAGCCUACAUCACCGCCACCCGCCAGUUCGUGGCUCAGGUUAACAGCUGGUCUCUGGAGGAGCUGGCCCUGGAGGUCCACGUCACCACUGCACAGGGAGCAGCGCUGGACGCCUGCAGCUUCGGAAUCAAGGGUCUGAAACUGCAGGGGGCCACUUGCGCCAACAACAAGCUGUCUCUGUCUGCCUCCAUCUCCACCGAGCUGCCGCUCACACAGCUGCGCUGGAUCAAGCAGAGCAACCUAGAAAAGAGGAACAUGGUCACUCUGCCCGUCUAUCUGAACUUCACUCGUACUGAUCUCAUCUUCACCGUGGACUUCGACAUCGCCACCAAAGAAGAUCCGCACCACUUUUACGAGCGGGGUGUGGCCAUCCUGUGCACCGAGUAAACUCUCGCUCGGGUUCAAUCUACUAUAACCGAGAUCAAGGUUCUUCAUAAUUUACAAUGUAACCCAGUACCUUUGAACGUAUAUCUAACAUUAGAACUGUAACUAACAGUAAGCGUAUCUAUAAUAAUAAUAAUCAGUAACUGAUAGAUAAUGAGAUUAGAGAUUAGAAAGUAAAGGAAGUGUUGUUAGACGGAUUGUGCACUGGUGUUCGAUUGGAAGCAUGACGGGGGUUUUAAUAGAAGGAAGCUGUAUGUGUUUUAAAGACGGAACAAUGAACGUUGAUUAAAGUUUUGCAUGUCAGAUGGUUUAAAAUUAACACAUUGCGUCGCUUGUUUCUUCAUUUUCAUUUCAAGCAUACUUAAAUGCAAGCUUAACAAUAAAAAGGCUUAAGGAAACAA